AUGUCUGAACAGAAAAAAAGAAAAGUAGAGACCAGUAAUGAUCCCAAUGUAUGGCUGAAGUGGUACCAUGAACUAAGUGAUGAAAGUGAUCUGAGUGAAAGCUCUAAGGAUGAAGAUGAAAGUGACAAAGAGGAAGAAAAUAUACUGACAGAGAGUGAGCAUAAUACAGAAUCGGAACAAGAGGUUGCGGAAAGUGAAGAAGUUGAAAGUGACGAAGACGUGCCUUUAGAUUCUUCUAGUUUCUACAUUGGGAAGGACAAAAUAACGAAAUGGAGAAAAGCGAAUCCUCCAAGAAAUGUGAAAACAAGGUCCCAUAACAUUAUUAUUCAUUUACCAGGACCCAAAGGUAAAGCACGAGAAGUGAAAACAGAAGUAGCAGAUUUAGAACUCUUUUUAGACGACAAUAUUCUCAAAACAAUUACAGCGUGCACUAAUAUUUAUAUAGAGAAAACACGUCAAGAAUUUACAAGGGGCAGAGAUGCAAGGAGUACUGAUGAGAUAGAAAUAAGGGCAUUUAUUGGAUUGUUGUUCCUUAUAGGCACCAUGAGAUGUUCUCGUAAAAAUAUUUAUUUACUAUGGGAUAACUCCAAGGGAAAUGGCAUUGAAUCAUGUUAUCUUACUAUGAGUGAACAAAGGUUCCGUUUCCUUUUGAGAUGUUUGAGAUUUGACAACAUCAAUGACCGUAACAUGCGUAAAGAACUUGAUAAAAUGGCAGCAAUUAGGGAAGUGUUUGAACUAUUUACCAAUAAUUUUGAGAAAUAUUUCUCACCGAGUGAAUAUCUAACUAUAGACGAGCAAUUGCUUGCGUUUAGAGGUCGUGCAGCUUUCCGCCAGUACAUCUCCAAUAAGCCAAGUAAAUAUGGCAUUAAAACGUUUGCUUUGGUUGAUGCUAAAACAGCUUAUACUAUGAAACUGGAAACGUAUGUUGGAUUGCAACCUCCAGGUCCAUAUCAGCAAAGUAACAAUGCCAAAGAUAUUGUGAUGAGGAUGGUGGAACCAGUUCAGGGUACAAAUAGAAACAUCACAGGAGAUAACUGGUUCACUAGUAUUCCAUUAGUCAACGAACUGCUGACUGAAAAGAAAUUAACAUACGUAGGUACUCUCAGAAAAAAUAAAAGAGAAAUUCCUAAGGAGUUUCUUCCCCAAAAAGACCGGGAUAAAUUUACUUCAAUUUUUGGAUUCCAGGAAAACUGUACAAUUGUUUCUUACUGUCUACAAAAGAAUAAAGCAGUUCUAGCAGUUUCUACCAUGCAUCACGAUAGUGCAAUCAGUGAAGACACAGGAGAAUAUCAAAAGCCGGAUAUUAUAACAUUUUACAACAGUACCAAGAUUGGAGUAGAUUUAGUAGACCAAAUAUGCCAAAAAAAGUAA